CAUGACGCUAUGCUGGAAAACCUCGUGCCGGAAGUUGACAAUUGACUGAUCAGGUCUGAUGACACAUGAAAGUCACCGGUGAAACAGGAGCAGUGUGUCAAAACAGGGCGUAUUUUAAUUUUCUUGGGACUAACACAAACGUGUUAAACAUGUUCACUCGACAUCACAUAGCAGCUGGUUCUUUAUUACAACGUUAGUGCUGUCGCGGUGUUGGCUAACGUUAGCUAGCUAAAGCUACACCCGCUAACUGCUGUUACAGCAUCAGUUUACUACCUCAAAACACGGGCAACUGUUAUAGACAGUGUCAUUCUCGUCAGUGUACAGAUGGCGAGGAGCCUCGGUAGAUUAUUUAAUGGCUUCCAACGCCUCGGCUCUCUCUCUCCCAUGAAGGCUCACCUCAGCCAGCCGUCUGUUACCAGCGUGGCAGUCAGGAGCACCCUUGUACGGAGCAUGGUGUUGGCGCUUCCAUCACCCUUCUCCUCCAAGCCCCGGGACUUCAGCCUGCCUAACUCCUCGUGGGGCACAGAAAUGAAGCGGCUGUACGAGCAUUAUAACAGCCAGUGUGAGGUGGAGACGGAGGGCGGAGAGAAACAGGAAGGGCCUUGGAGGAGACUGCCGAGCUACAAUCGCCUCAUCAAGUAUGCUACAGGUGGAGUGUAUCUUAGUAAGAUAAUCCAGUCACGAGCUCGCCUUUUUACCCGGAACAUCAAAGAGACAGGAGCAGCAUUUGAGUAUGUGUUGUUUGUUAACAGUGAGGAGAAGAAGUGUGUGUGCAUUUUCCAGGCUGGACAUCUACUGGAGGGGCCACCAGGACAUGUCCACGGGGGGGCAAUAGCUACCAUGAUUGAUACUGUGACAGGAACUCAUGCAACAAUACUCUCUGGACCUGUAAUGACUGCCAACCUCAACAUCAACUACCGCAGCCCCAUCCCACUGGGAAGCACAGUGCUGCUUGAAUCCACUCUGGACAAGAAGGAAGGCCGAAAAACAUUUAUAACAUGUAAAGUGACCAGCACCGACGGCUCCAAAGUCCACACAGAAACAACAGCACUGUUCGUGUCAAUCAGCAUCGGCCACUUACUACUGGGAGGCUGACACAAAUGCACCAGCCUACCACCAGCUAACACUGUCAGCGAGUCAAGAUCAAAAAAAGUGUGUGUGUGUGCGCGCGCGCACACGCGUGCGUGUGUUUGUGUGUGAGUAUCUGUGAGCGAGCGCGUUCGUGACUGUCUUGUAGAUUUGCAGAUUUUUCGAGGGAAUGUGUAUUUAAGAGGGAACUUCUCUGAAUACAACAGUGUUGAUCUUUUAUUAUCUCCUCAUAUUCAUGAGUCUCUGCUGAUGUAUGUUAUUACUGAUGAAGUAUACAGUUGAUGAAAUACCUUUACUUGACUACCUCUUAGUAUCACUAACACAUCGACAGUACAUAUCUAAACAUUAUUUAUUGAGCUUAAUGUUGAAGUUUAUUUAUUCAAAGUUCAACAAUGUUGAUGGUUUUAUAGAUAUAAUACUUGGGCCUUUUGAAGUGAGGUUAUUGCUCAAAAAGUACUGUACGUUAAUACCUUUGUUUUCUCUAAUAAAGCCUUACUGAUUGGUAUUGUAUAAAUCAUA